AUGACGCCGGAAGACUAUGAGCGCGCCCAACGAAAGCUCACUCGCUACGGUCACUACUUCGACAUGAACCUAAAUAGCAAACUGCCAGCAGAUAUUGUCAAGACCAAAGCCGGCAAAAUUGCAAAGCGACAGCCAAAAUACGAUGAGCGCCGCAAAGACUACUAUCAAUCUCAAUGUUCGUUCCGCGGCCUGAAGACAACCGGUUCGAAGGAAGAAUUGAUGAAUCUACUCAAAAGCCGUGACAUUCGCAAGGAUCUUGCUGUGCAGGCUGAGCAGGACGAUAUUGAUAAAGCAAUGAGAGAAUUCGAGCGUGAGCAAAAGCGCGUGGCGCGCGAGCAGCGGCACGUACGAGACGAAGCAUGGUGGCAUGCCGCCACAACCACAUUCGAGCAGAAGCUUCCAAAGAAUCCUCGCCGCGCGUUGGAGGAGGAAGCCGCGAAACCCGACACGUUCUUGAAGACUUCCUGCCAGAAGGUCGACCGCGGGCACUACGGAACAAACAGUGUUCGCUACUACGGACUAGACAGAGCUUGCUUCGAGUUAGGCAUCGCGUACGAAGUGGCCGCAGGACCUGUCGAUCUGCCAGAAGGGGCCAUGCCCCGGCGCUGUGAGAUCUUUGGCGAGCUAGGAGCUGUGCGCAGAGAAGUAGAGGCAUUUGUCAAAGAGGCCAAUCAGAUCGCUGCCGCCCAAUGGAAGACUUGGGAGGCUCAACAGAAGGCAAAGAAGGUUGCCGAAGAGGCGAAGCGUCAGGCACUGUACGACGAGGCGAAGUCAACGGCAGACUGGGAUCUGACGGGCGAGUGGGUUGUUCAAUGCCAAGAACUGGCAACGUACAGCUCCAAGAGCACGCCUGAGAAGCUUUCCAUGGAGAUCUUCCUGGUGGACGACUUUAGUCUCAACGCUGUGGCAGCGGACGAGAAAGAAUCCGAGUAUGAAUACGACGGGUACGGUGAGGAAGCUGACAACAGUGAGGGCGAUGACAAUGUUCCCGAAGCGGAGACUGCUACCGACUCCUCGCUCUCGCGGUUCUGUGCUAGGUUCCAUUUUGGUGUGUUUGAAGGCAUCAUGCGCAUCUGUCCGACUGCCGCCACACGCGCUCGCGCUGCCUCUGGUAUCUCGUCAAGCAUCAAGUACAACCCGACCUACGAGUAUCGCACACGCAUGCGUGGAGCUGACGGCCAGAUCCUGAUCGAAGCCGAUCGCUAUCCUGCAAGGGGCAUGAAAUUCUCUGACCAUGGUACGAAGCUGGAAGGCGACUUCGAUUGUCCAUAUAUGAAGGGUCUUCUGCACUUUACUGGCUUCAAGGUGAAGCAUGGGCAUGGUCGGCAAGGCUCAAGCGCCUCUGAGUGGACGGCACUGAGUGAGGAGGCGUGGAACCGCGCGCACUACACGAGGUGGGGACGUGGGUGGUGGUAG